AUGUCGUCGAAACGGAGGCAGUCCGAAUAUGCAAUGCAGAUUGAUUUCCGAGAGGAACAAUGCAGUGAUAAAAGCAGUACAUUUCUUGAGUACCUUUGUGGCCUGAAUAUUGAUGUUAACCCUGGUGCUAUACGGCAAACAAGCAUCAUAUGUACCAUAGGGCCUGUGAGCCGUGAUGUCUCUACGCUGAAGCAGCUCAUAGAUGCUGGUAUGAACAUUGCAAGGAUGAAUUUUUCACAUGGAACUCAUGCGUACCACAAAGAGACGAUUACAAAUGUCCGCGAAGCUGCAAAGGAUCAAUAUCCUCAUCCAGUUGCCAUUGCUCUUGAUACCAAAGGACCAGAAAUACGGACAGGUUUAUUGAAAUCUGGCCCAACAGGUGAAGUCGAUCUUGUUGAAGGCCAGACAUUCAAACUUUCACUGAAGAAGGAGGAUUAUGAGCAAGGUGAUAAAGACAUGGUAUAUGUGGACUAUGCAAACCUUGGCAAAACAGUGAAAAAAUCCAGCAAGAUUUUUAUGGACGAUGGUCUUAUUGCAUUGCGCGUCACAGAGGUUGGCGAGGACUAUGUCAUGACCGUGGUGGAGAAUAAUGGAAAGUUGGGGAGUAAAAAAGGUGUUAAUCUGCCAGAAGCAAUUGUUGAUCUACCAGCUGUUUCUGAAAAAGAUAAAGCUGAUAUAUUAUUUGGUGUAGAAAAUGGGAUCGACAUCAUUUUUGCCUCUUUCAUUCGCAAAGCGGGUGAUAUUCGAAUGAUCAGAGCACUGAUGGGACCCCAGGGGAAAGACAUCAAGAUUAUUGCAAAAAUUGAGAAUCACGAAGGCGUACGGAAUUUUGAUAGCAUUGUCAAAGUCGCUGACGGCAUCAUGGUCGCCAGGGGUGAUCUUGGCAUAGAGAUUCCGACGGAAAAAGUUUUCAUUGCGCAGAAAAUGAUGGUUGGAAAAUGCGUAAGCCAUGGCAAACCAGUGAUUAUAGCGACACAGAUGUUGGAGAGUAUGGUGCAUAAGCCACGGCCAACGCGCGCUGAAGGAUCUGACGUUGCAAAUGCUGUUUUGGAUGGUGCUGAUUGCGUCAUGUUGUCUGGGGAAACAGCUAAAGGGAAAUACCCAGUGAAGGCAGUUGAGGUAAUGCACAAGAUAUGUUGCGAAGCAGAGGCCGCCAUGUUCCAUCGUCAGUUCUUCAACGACAUUCGUCAUUACGUCGACCAACCGUCGGUUGCCGAGACCAUUGCAAUCGCUGCGGUUGACGCAUCCUUCAAACAGAAAUGUUCAGCAAUCAUAUGCAUGUCCCACACAGGAACAACUGGUCAUUUGCUAUCCAAGUACCGUCCUCGCUGUCCAAUCAUCACAAUCACACGUGACGAACAGGCGGCAAAGCAACUACACCUUUACAGAGGUUGCUUCCCCUUGAUCUAUGAUAACCGCAACAGCGAGGACUGGUUCGCUGAUCUCGAGGAUCGUGUUAAUUUUGCUAUCAAACAAGGCAAAGAAAUGGGCUUCCUCAAAGUUGGCGGUUACGUUGUCUUGGUUUCUGGUUGGAAAUUUGGACCAAGACAUACAAACACAAUUCGUAUUAUUAGGGUCGAAGAGGAGAAAACAAUGCUUAGAUAUUAAACAACUCAGAUUUUAUAGUCCUUAUUCGUGGUUUAAUUUACUAAAAGGGCAAAAACGCCCGUUGUUCUUUAACUUUGUGGUUCUAUCGAUUGACUAAAAAUAUAUAGUGUGCAUUGUGUAUUUAAACUGAAAAUUGAUUAAUAUUGUGUGUAGAGUUCGUUUACCUCUGGGAGGCUUAUUACUGAUUGUUAACGGUGUUUAUAUCAACCUGUGAUAUCUUUCAAUAAUUUUUAACGUACCGUAAUUAAACAAAUUAUAUAACAUAUUAAA